GGAUUUCGCUCGUCGCCGCUGGUCUCACCUCCUCCCUCCUCAACGCUCGUCGGAUCUGUCGCCCCCUCCCCUUCCAGAAGGAGCAGAGCCAGGCCGAUGGCACAAGAUGGGAGAGGACCACUUGCCAACCUGCAAGGAGAAGAUGCUGGUGUUGGAUUGCCAGAUGAAGAUCAUCAAAGGGUCCAGCCAAUGGCACAAGAUGGGAGAGGGCCACUUGCCAACCUGCAAAGAGAAGCUGCUGCUGGGGGACUGGCAGAUGAAGGCCAUCAAAGGGUCGAGGUGAUUGUACAAGCUGGCAGAGGACAGCCUGCCCAGAGGGUGUACUCAGAAGACUGUCUGUUACCUUGGCUUUUGAAGAAUGAUAAUAAGAGAAAGCAUGGAUGGGAAAAGCAAAUGGAGCAGGACCUUAUCAAAUACAACAUUGAUCUUCAGGAAAGAAAGCGGUUCAAUGGACUCCCUGCUGAGUAUCAUGGGCCAAACGAGUUCGUCAGGUUAACAAACAUGGAUCUGAUGACGAUCUACGAUGGAGUCUCUGAGCGUAGGUGUGAAGCACUCAUCCUUAAGGCGAAAGGAAAGUUGAAGAAAGAUGACCUUACUGCAAGGCUUGCCUGCAUUAAGGGGUUAUUGCUUUAUGCAAAACCUAAGAGAAAGGACGUUCAGCUGGCGGGCGGGAACCCUCUCCCCGUGCCUGCAUUAAGGGGUUAUUGCUUUAUGCAAAACCUAAGAGAAAGGACGUUCAGCUGGCGGGCGGGAACCCUCUCCCCGUGCCUGCCCACUUCUCAAAAGUCAUCGUACCAUAGGUGUCUAUCCAACAGGAAUCCAGUUCUCCGGACUGUGCUAGAGGUGCUCGACAACAUUUUUGGUCCUCUGAUUGGCGUUUAGUGAUAUGCCAGGCCAACUUCUUUUUGGUCUGUGGAGGUGCACUUGUUAAAUCCUUUUCUGUUCUGUGGGUGUUUGCUCAGUUCACGAACCCCAUUAUACAACCACUCCAUGUAAAUUUGUGGAGCUUUCGGUGAAUUUAAUCUGGUGACAUGUUAAUGAAAUUUGCUUUGUGGCACUGCCUGACAAAAAUGACCAAUAUUUGGAUCUCU